AUGAACAGCUUCCUCGCCACGCUCGCCCUGACGGCCGUCGUCGCCCAGGCCCAGAGCAUCCACGACAUCACGGGCAACAGGUUUCUGUCGCCGUACAAUGGCCAGUCCGUCUCGGGCGUUGUCGGCGUGGUGACGGCCAAGUCGUCGGCCGGCCUGUUCCUGCGCAGCCCCAAGCUGUCGUGCGACGCGCGCAUCGGCAACGGCCUGUACGUGUACAGCUCGACGCUCGGCGGCAACGCCAGCAUCGCCAUCGGCGACACGCUGACGCUGAGCGGCAAGGUCUCCGAGUACCGCUCGUCGGCGGCGUACCUGUACUCGACGGAGCUGGAGUCGCCCGUCGUGCAGGGCUGGGCGGCGGGCAAGGGCGGGGCGCCCAAGCCGCGCGUGCUGGGCAGCACGUCGUCGCUGAGCCCGCCCACGGAGCAGUUUACGAGCCUGGACGGCGGCGACAUCUUCGGCGUGCCCAACAACGUCAGCCAGGUGUCGGUGGCGAACCCCAAGCUGCAGCCGGAGGUGUACGGCCUGGACUUUUGGAAGGCGCUGAACGGCGACCUCGUCACGCUCCCGCGCCCCGUGGCCGUCGCCAAGCCCAACAGCUACGGCGAGACGUGGAUGGUGGGCAACUGGACGGCGACGGGCCGCAACGGCCGCGGCGGCCUGACGCUGGGCAGCAAAGACGCCAACCCGGAGGCGAUUAUUGUCGGCGCGCCGCUCGACGGCGCCAAGGCGGUGACGACGUACAAGAUCGGCGACACCUUUGGCGACAUCACGGGCGUCGUGCACUACCAGUACGGCUUUUACUACCUGCUGCCGCUGGUGGCGCCCGUCUACAAGAGCUCGGCCGCGCCGGCGCUGCCGCCGCCGACAACGCUGCGGAGCACCGGCACGUGCGCGGGCCUCACCGUCGGCGACUACAACAUUGAGAACUUUGCGCCGUCGGACUCGGCGCACGUCGCUGCAGUGGCGGCGCACAUUGUCGACUAUAUGAAGACACCGGACGUGUUGUUUGUGCAGGAGAUCCAGGACAACAACGGCGCGACGGACAACGGCGUCGUCGACUCGUCCCUGACGCUGAGCACGCUGGUGGCGGCCAUUGCCGGCAAGGGCGGCCUGCAGUACAGCUACACGUGGAUCAACCCGGCCAACGACGCCGACGGCGGCCAGCCCGGCGGCAACAUCCGCCAGGCGUACCUGUACAACGCGGCCGUGGUGCGGCUGGCCCAGAGCACGACGGGCACGGCCGGCGGCGCGCUGGAUGCCGACGCGGUGGUGGCGGACCCCAGCAACGGCGGCAAGCCCGCGCUCAAGUACAACCCGGGCCGCAUCGACCCGACCAAUGCGGCGUGGGCCAGCAGCCGCAAGCCGCUCGCGGCCGCGUGGCAGACGGUCGUGGGCGGCCACGUCUUCUUCACGGUCAACGUCCACUGGGAGUCCAAGGGCGGCAGCUCCAGCCUGCAGGGCGACCUGCGCCCGCCCGUCAACCUCCCCGUGGCGAAGCGCACGCAGCAGGCCCAGAUCACGGGCGCGUUCAUCAAGUCGAUUCUCUCGCUCGACGGCGACGCCCGCGUCAUCAUGGGGGGCGACCUCAACGAGUACAGCGUCGUGCAGCCCGUGACGACGUUUGCCAACGUCUCGGGCAUGGUGGACCUCGACGUGGCGGCCGGCAUCCCGGCCGAGGAGCGCUACACGUACACGUUUGACAACAACAUGGAGGAGCUGGACCACGUGUUUGUCAGCAGCGCCAUUGCCGCCCUGGCCCCCAAGGAGGAGCACCUGCACGUCAACACGUGGGUCAACUACAACGACCAGACGUCGGACCACGAUCCCACGGUGGCUCUGCUCAACGUCUGCGGCGCCAACGUUGCGCCGGGCGGCGGUAUCAGCCCGUCGUCGGUCGUGUCGUCCGGCCCCUCGUCGACGCCGGCGCCGUCCUCGACGCUGUCGACCGUCACUCGGUCCAGCGCCUCGUCGGUAGCCUCGUCGGCAGCCUCGUCGGUAGCCUCGUCGUCGUCGGCACCCGCCCCAUCGGGCUCGGCCGUCGCCCUCUCGGGCAAGGGCCACCUCGAGGUCUCGUCGCCCGGCGUCGCGUCGGGUGGCGUCCUGAUCACGGCGGGCACCUGGUACCGCGGCGGCGGCACCCCGGCGACGUAUACGGCGACGCCUGCGGCCGACGGCGUCGCCUUCACGCUGAACACGUCCAAGGGCAAGUGCGCCGUGCAAGACGACGCCUCGCUGCUGUGCGCCAGCACGGUGACGACGGCCAGCAACUUUGGCUACGACGGCAGCUUCCUGACGCACGGCGCGUCCAACACGUUCUAUGCAAAGGCCGUGCCGUCGGGCACGACGCAGGGCACCAUCUACACCAAGGACCAGUCCGGCGUGACGCUGCAGAUUUCGUGGGUGCAGCUGUAG